AGAACGGGGCCAGGUCGCGGUCGCCUCUGGGAAAUGUAGUUUUUCCUUCCGGGUCUUGCGGGGUGCGGAGAUUGCUGGGCUACCUCAGCGUUGCUGACCCGCACGCGCUACGUCCUCCCGACCUUGGUUUCGGCUCCGCGCGGCGGGUCUCCACGGAUGACAGGCUGAGCUCCCUUCGGCCAGUUUCCCGAGGCUUCAAGAGGGGACUGGGCAGAAAGGGGGGCCGGGAACCCUGGCGGCUUCCGUUUCAGUCUUUUGAGAGCUAGCCCCUCCAUUCCAGUCCUCCCCACACGCUUGGCCUCCCUGCUUUCAGAAACCCGCUCCCAGGAUAAAACAGCCACUCGGCCCGGGGGGCAGCUCCCCAGACCACAUUCUUCCCUCCCUCCCUCUGCGCCUUCCCCUUCCCUUCCGUGAACCCGGCUCCCCUGGUCUCCCCACCAGCCCCCUCGCGUUCAAAGCAGACGCGGAAUUGGAGGAGGGAGUUGGGCCCGCGAUGCGACUUAACAAAGUCCUUGGGGACCUUGAUUCCCAGCGAAGAAUGGCAGUGACCCAGCACGGAUUGGGGACCCACUCAGGCAGCCCAGAAAGAGGGAGAUUAUACAAACAGAUGUAAAGAGCCACUUAACAACAUAUGGGAACCUGUCUACAAGGCUGGGACAGGAUGUGAGGUGCGAAGAAUCCAGUUUCAACCAAGUGGUGUUAUCAGAAAAGAUGCCAUCUCAAUAUUGGUUUGUGUUUAUUUUCCACCUGACCCUGUGGGUGAAGAUAUCCUUGAUCAUUAUCCCAUCUGAACAUGUUCCUGCUCAACCAGUGUUACAUCACCAGGUUAAAAGAUAUGGAGAUAUCCAUGAGGAUUUGGAGAAGAGUCCCAGUAGUUAUUAAAAUUCUGGAUUAGAUCUACUAGGAAAGGUAAAGAAACCAAGAGUCUCCUAAGAAGAAGGAAUUAUAACAGUUUACCAAUGUUUUUCAAAUAUAGAUGUCAAUUAGGUGCUGUGCCUUGCCAAAGAACUAAGACAAGAGAAAAGUAGAUUUAUGAUCCAACCUAAAGGCCUUUAGGUGAGAGCUGGAAGACAUGUGCUGAGAAUUAAACUUUGAGAAGGUUUAUUCAGGCAGCUCUUAGGAGAGUGUUUAUUUGUUUUUAGCUAGAUUUAAAUAUGUCCAUUUAAAGAAAAAGACUAACCUUUGAUCACCAAGAAGGGCCUGACACUGUUUCAAUCACUUCUGCAUAUAUUAAAUCACUUAAUCCUCAUAAUAACCCCAUGAGACAGGUAUUACUAUCCUCCGUCUGUAGAAACGAAAAUUGAAGUCCAAAGGCUAAGCAGUUUACCCUAAAUUAUAAAGCUGGUGGUAAAUGGCAAAGCCAAGAUUUGAAUCCAGUUCUGUGUUGUCAUUCUUUCCACCACACCAACCAGCUUCCCUUAACUGAAAACUGGGUGAUGGGCCAAAGGACCAAUGAGACACCACCUUCCUGAGCUCAUUCAAAGCAAAAACAGGAUCAUACUCAACUGCUUUUGCCACAGAUACCACAAUAUUUAACCCUUAGCAAGAGUUCAGUACAUCUGUUUGAUCUGAAUUGAUAUGAACUUGAUCCUCUCUGAAGAGAAUAUUUAAGCAAAGACACUGAUGAGGAGGAGUCAGUUGUGAACACACUGAGGGAGAACAUUACAAGCACAGGGAACAGCAAGUACAAAGACCCUGAGGUAGGAAGUUGCUUGGUUAUAUCUGAGGAACAACCAAGAAGCUCGAUGUAAUUGGCACUAAGAGGGAGAGAAGGAAACAGGAAGAAGUUGACUUUGGAGAGGAAGCCAGGGUCAGGCCCUUCAGUGCCGCUGCCACUCACUUUAAAAGAGAUAAAGCCCCACUAACCCCUGAUCAACAGAUUAUGUUGCUUCACAGGGGAAAGGAAGCAAGACUGAGCUGUUAGAAAGAAUAUGUGCCACGUAAAGGGGUAGAUGGACUAUAAGGCACUUGCCCAACAAACUGCUCAAGAAAUUUUAGGUUACUAUCAAGAUACAUCAGGCUGGAAAGUGGUUAAGAAUUCAAAAAAAAUAACUGUUUCCAGCAAGGCUUCUAAAAAAUUCCAUGGAAAUCUAUAUCGUGUUGAAGGAAUGAUUCCAGAAUCAACAUCUAAACUAUCUGAUUUCCUCUUCAAACCUGAAAACAGAGUCACAUGGGACAAAGCAUUGAAAAUGUACAACAUAGUACUAAAGAUUGAUUCGGAUACAUUCAUAUGUCAUACCAUUACACAAAGCUUUGCCAUGGGCUCAAUUUCCCCCCGAGACUUUAUCGACUUAGUCUCUUUGAAGCACUAUGAAGGGAAUACGGAUGUUAUCAGUGUUACUAGUGUGGAUUUUCCAGCAUAUCCUUCAUCCUCAAGUUACAUCCGAGGUUAUAACCAUGCUUGUGGCUAUAUAUGUUUACCUGUGCAAGAGAAUCCAGCAUAUUCCAAACUAGUGAUGUUUGUUCAGACAGAAAUGAGAGGAAAAUUGGCCCCAUCAAUAAUUGAAGCAACCAUGCCUUCCAAUUUAGUAAGCUUCAUGCUCAAUGUAAAAGAUGGAAUAAAGACACAAAAAAUUCCAUCAAGACAUGGAUAUCAUCAUAAUGGGCAUUCAUCAUUCCUAAAGAAGAAAUGAGGCCAUUUAAAAAUCAUGUGUGGCAA